AUGCGCACAGCCCCCUCCAGGCCAGGAGUGAUUAAUGGAUGCCUGGAACUUGACCUACAUAUAUAUUCAGAAAUGUUUUGCCACCUGAGACCUGUGAGGAGGUUAUGUCCAGGAAAGAUAUUUCCAUACUGCUUUCUGUUAUCAAGAGCUUUAUCAGGAGCUGAAGCAGUCAAUGCCUUGAGGCCGUUUUAUUUUGCUGUACAUCCAGAUUUCUUUGGACAGCACCCCAGGGAAAGGGAAGUCAAUGAAAAUUCCCUUAAGAGAUUAAGUGCCUACUUAGAAAACCUUCAGAAACCAGGCUUCAAGUCUUUGAAACCAACCCAGCUUGUGUUUUAUGUAAGAGAAACAGAUCAGAAUCCCUCUGAUGGCCAGGAACACUUCAGCACUUCUGGAUUUCGAGCAGUCAAAUUUACUUUGCACACCAGAGAUCUGCUAAGCACAGUAUUAUAUAUUCUCAACUCCUGCAGUUUAUCUAUUGAACAUGUCCAAAGCUUGAAUACUAAUGUGCAUUCCCAGCCUCUCAAAGAGGCCAAAAGGACAUCUGACAGGCCCAUCAAAUGGGACAAGUCUUACUACUCCUUUACUGGAUUCAAGGACCCUGAUGAAGACCUCGAGCAAGUCUGGAGAACGGAAACAACCCUAACAUCCUGGUUAGAUAACAAUGGGAAAAGUGCUGUUAAAAAGCUGAAGAAUAGUUUGCCACUUAGAAAAGAACUCGAUCGUUUAAAAGAUGAACUGUCUCAUCAGUUGCAGCUGUCAGAUAUCAGGUGGCAGAGGAGCUGGGGCAUCGCCCACCGCUGUAGCCAGCUACACAGUUUAGGCCGCUUAGCCCAGCAGAACUUGGAAACGCUUAAAAAUGCAAAAGGAUGUACAAUAAUAUUUACAGACCGGUCCGGGAUGAGUGCAGUGGGCCAUGUGAUGCUAGGAACAAUGGAUGUCCAUCACCACUGGACAAAACUUUUUGAAAGAUUACCGAGUUAUUUUGACCUGCAGAGGAGGCUGACACAUUUGGAGGACCAAAUAAGCUAUCUUCUCGGUGGCAUCCAAGUUGUUUAUAUUGAAGAAUUACAGCCAGUGUUGACACUUGAAGAAUAUUACUCUCUUCUUGACGUGUUCUAUAAUAGACUCUUGAAAAGUCGAAUACCUUUUCACCCUCGAAGUCUGCGUGGUUUACAAAUGAUCCUUAACAGUGACAGAUAUGCCCCAAGCUUGCAUGAACUCGGGCAUUUUAACAUCCCAGUCCUUUGUGAUCCAGCAAACCUCCAGUGGUUUAUUCUCACCAAAGCCCAACAGGCAAGAGAGAACAUGAAGAGGAAAGAAGAGUUGAAGGUCAUUGAAGAUGAAUUGAUGCAGGCUUCCACGAAGAAAUUCUCUCUGGAAAGGUUUUACAAGGAGCCCAGCGUUUCUAGUAUACAGAUGGUGGAUUGCUGUAAGAGACUUCUAGAACAAUCGCUGCCUUACCUACAAGGGAUGCACCUUUGUGUUUCACAUUUCUACUCUGUCAUGCAGGAUGGAGACCUUUGUAUUCCUUGGAAUUGGAAGAAUGGAGAAGCCAUUAAAUAA